UUCACCAAGCCAAUAUAAGUGAUAUACAUAUAGAUCUUCAUCAAGAAAAGGGUUUUGUUGAAUUUGCUGAUUAAUAUUUGAGCCAAAAAACAUGGCCUUGAAAAUGUCAGUUGUGUUUGUGAUAUGUGUGUUAUUCGCUGCUUCAAUGGCUGAAGCCCAACUUGGUGAGAUCAUCAGCCACCUCUUGGGUUUGAUCCGUGUACAGGGCACUGUCUUUUGCACUGCCAAUGGCAGAGUCAAUAGCACUUCAGCUUCAACCCCUGUUUUCUCUAAUGCUCUUGUCCAACUUCAGUGCAAUGGAAAUGUGGUAUCAAGCACAACAACAAACAACGCAGGAGUUUUCUCAAUGUUGUUGGAUCCAGUACAGUUGGUAUUGUCUUCUCUACAGUCUCAGUGCAAAUUAGUGGUGACCACACCUUUGUCCACCUGCAACGCCACUCUGCCUUCGGAUGGGGUGCUCAUAUCUUUACUUCAAACUCUUGGAACCAUCGUCUCUGGCUUGCUUAACAUUACCACCCUUGGUCCUUCUGGCUUCAAUUUCCUACAGACUAUUAAUAAUUAGUACAUAUAUAUAUAUAUAUAUAUAUCUACCUAUCUACCUAAGUACGUACCUUAAAAAAUUAUUACAUAUAUAUUAUUAUUGUCACAUGAUCAUUCCACUACUACUACUUAAAUAAGGUGGUCAAACGACAAUAUGCGUGUCGUUUCAUUUAGUUAUAAUGUGUUCUUUGUUUUUUCUAUUUUGUGUGUGUACUAUUUUGCUAAGAGGAAUUUCUUCUAGCUGCAAAGAAAAGAAAUAAAAUCACUUUAUAUUACAUGUUUCAA